CAACUGGCUUCCACAGCCCGCGCCAUGUCGCUUAUCAACCAAUUCCUCGGCCAAAUCCGGCAGCAUGUGCGUGGCCAGCGAGGUGAUCUGCUUCGGUCGUGGCUCCAAGUCGAGCCCGGCUCAGCAAAGCAGUACUUUGACCUCAAGGCCGAGCUUCAGAGCAAGCUUCGCGACCCGGCCAAGCUCGAAAAGGUAGUCGAGACAGGCCUUCCGCAGGACGAUGACGUUGCAGAUGGAGAGGCUACAUCAUGGCCUGGUUUAUUAAGCUUCAUCAAGGACUAUUUCAUCUUUUGGAGAGACGUCAACUUCGACGACCUACUCGGCGCACACCAGCUGCUGAGUGGCCUGGUAAACUCUUGUGCCACUGCCUUUGCACAUCCCACAUACGGCGGCAUGCUGCUGCAGACGAGCAUGUCGCUGUCGGAGACGUUGGCUCGGCUGACCAUGACACUGAGCCGCCGGCCAGACCUCACGCGACGACUCAACGUCGGCGACGAGGACAACCGCAAGUCUGUUGCCGAGUCUUCAGCAGAAAUUAUCCAGAAAAUAUUCACAACCUGUCUAACUGACAGAACGAGCGGGCGCUACAGCAAGCCAGAGGGCAAAAAGAUUGGCGUGUACAUGUUUGCCAACCUCGUGCUCAAGCUCCUCUUCACAUGUCGAAGGACAAACCUAGCCAAGAUGAUGUUUGUCAACAUCUCAACAAUCUCCCCGCCUCUAUCCUUAUACCCAGCCAGCCAGCGCGUCACGUUCCUCUACUACCUCGGGCGCUUCAACUUCGCCAACCAGCACUACCUGCGCGCCUCUCUCUGUCUUCAAGAAGCAUACAUGCAAACACCCACGCACCUCGUAUCCCAUCGGACCAAAAUCCUAACAUACCUCAUGCCAUGCAACAUUCUUCUCGGCCGAUUCCCCUCUCCACAGCUGCUCCAGCGGCCCGAAGCCCGGACGCUGCAACCCAUCUUCGUGCCUCUCUGCCAAGCGAUCCGGAGCGGAAAUUUCAUUCAAUUCCAAGCGCAUCUCGCGACACACGAGCAGUGGCUCUUUGACAAGGGCCUGCUUCUCGCGCUAACCCAUCGUUUGCGGCCGCUGCUUUGGCGGGCCCUCAGUCGCAAGACAUUCCUCCUAACAUACAUCCCGCCCACCGACGCGACAUCGCGUAAAGCGGCCACUUUAGAUUUGGCCGACCUCUACACAGUGGCAGUCUAUCUGCAGCGCCGUCUCGAGGGAUGGCUUCCGGGGCAGGGCGGCUCAAAAGCUCGGCCGCCGCACGUUAACGCGCUCUUCAUGAAAGCUGUGAAGAACAGCGCGCAGAACCCAGAUGCCACCACACUCUCGCCGCCGCCAGCAGGCGUCAAGAAGCUUCGGCCGAACGAGGGAAUGGUGUGGGGGAAUGCGGAAAUAACACCAGAUGAUGUGGAAAUGAUGGUGGCCACGCUGAUCCAGCAAGGCUUAAUGCAUGGGUUCGUGGCCCAUGGCCAGUCCAGGUUCGCCAUCAUAGGCGCCAAGGCCAAGGGUAGUCCGCUGCUAGCAGGGUGGCCCAACGUUUGGCAGACGAUCCUAGACAGAAGGUAUGAAGAAGAGUUUGACCCUCAAGAGGUGCCUGGUUGGGUCAAGGAUGCCUAGACAGAUCUAUAUACAUAUACCCCGGAUAUGUACAUAUGAUGAAUAUUGAGCCCUGUCCAUCACCUUUAUCAUGUAAAUCACUAGUAGUUGUUAUCACAAUGGAACACACUGAAGUUGACAAAAAACAUGUCUUCAUUUGUUUCUACCUAAAAAGUUCAUAAAAUCUAUAGCCGCUCCCACAUAAACAUCAUGAGAAUGAACAGCUAAACGUCUCUUGCAAGACGUGAAAAAAAGCAGGCUGUACCACAUAUACAAGGUGCAGCAAGCUAAACAUCGCUUUCGCUUUUUUGUUUCCUCAAAAAACGCUGGACUCCGAAUAUAUCCAAAAGAUAAAAAAAAAAUCUCCAAAUGCUGGAAAGGGGUAUCUACCAUGAAAAGAAUAAAAGGCGGUUAACCGAUGGCGCGGCAGUAACCAUAAAUAGAGGCUGAAGCAGUCCUUUUUAAGAGUUGCUCAGCAACGAAAAAUUGUUCAAGUGAACUGAAAGAAGAGGGUAAAGAGUAAAUACUUCCGUCUGCAAAGCGCAGACGAAGUCGGCGAACAUCUACCGAGGCAGAGUGCUCAAGAAUAUGUAAGACCGAGCUGGCUGCAAUGUAUACAGGCGACAGCCACCCGCUUUUCUUCCUCUAGAAGAAGCAGACAGUAGCGACGACGGCAACAAUGAGGCCGACAAAAGCAGCGCUUCCUUGCUGGCGUCCAGCAUCGUUCUUCUUGUCAACAACAGCAGGGGCGCUGUGGGAGGCAGAAGGGACAACGGCAAUGGUGGAUGAAGCAUCAGUAGAGCUGUUGCUGUUCUCGUGGAAGAUACCACCGAAAGCGCUGGAAGCAGCCUGGGAAGAGGAAGAAGCACUCUGCUCAGUGGCAGAAGAGCUGGGAGCAGCAGCAGUGGUAGCCGGGGCAGAGGGAGUCUCGGUCUUGGGAGGAGCAGGAGUAGGGGCAGGCUUGUCCUCGUGAGUCUCCUUGGGCUUGGGGGUCUCAGGAGCAGAGUGGCCGCCAGAGCCAUCGAAGGCAACAAUGUGAGCAGUCUUGCCCUUGGGGACGGUGACAACGCAGAAGGCAGAGCCACCAGCGCCGACAGCUCCGUUGUUGCUCUCGACAGAGCCACCAGGGUUGAUCAUGCAGGGAAGACCGUUGCAGCCACCAUCGGGGCACUCAAUCUUGAGACCGUAAGAGGGAGCCUGGGAACCAAGACCAGACGACUGCCAGACGGGGUUGUAGGCAAUCUUGACAAAGGUAUCGCCGUUGGCGACAGUGUUGGCACCAGCAACGUAGGGAGCCCAGUUACCAAUAGGGUGGCUGUCAGUGCCCCAUUUGCAGCCGUCGCUGCCAACACCAGGAGGGUUGAGGUAGUAGUGAGCAGCGGUGCUCUGCCAGUAGCUCAUGUCAGGAACAGCAAGAGUAGAAAUGGACUCGAUGACGGUGGGGAUAAGCAUGGCCUCGUUACCAGGCAGGACAGUCUGGCAAGCAGAGAUCAACUUGUUGCACUUGUUGACGAGCUUGACAGCGCCGGUACCAGGGACACAGAGGGGCUUGCCGGGGAAGGGCUUCUUGACGUUGCCAUCGUGAUCGCAGUAGAGACCACCGUUCAUGGAGGCAGGGUAAGUGUAGGCAGAAGAGGGAUCCCAUUGAGUGCCAACCAUGCCAGAAGCGCAGGCGUAGGGGCAGUACAUUCCAGGCUUGCAAGAUUGGUCGGGGCUCAUGGCCCAACCAGCGUUCUGAGCAUCAGGAGUGAUGGCGACGACAUUGUCACCACCGGGGAACUGGCAGACACCACGCUUAGCGACCUUGGCAGAGGCGACGGGAGCGCGCUGUUCUUUAGCACCACCGUGGAUGUGAGCGAGAGAGUGGCGCUUGUCAAGGAGGUGAAGCUGACGGUGAGCAAGAGAGGCAUCGACGGGAGCUGCGGUGAGCAGGACCAAGGCCGAGCCGAGGAGAGUGUGAAGCGAUUCGAACUUCAUUGCGAUGUAGCGCGUUUAGCGUUUUAAGGUUUUGAAAGCGAGGUAAGCUCAACGGCGAUGCGCAGGUGGAUAUGCGUUGACGAAGUUUAAACAGCGACUUGCUGAUGCGAUGCGAAAGAGAGUGUUUUGUAUCGGCACCAAAAGACUGGGUAGUCGAGAGCGAAAUGAGAGAGAGGGCUGAUCGCGUCGAGAGAGAUUGUAAAGCUGAAAAGCUAAAGAGCGUGAUAUCUCGGUGUGUUGAGAUGUUGUUGGUCGUAAAGACGGUAGAUAUGGCGUUGUGCUAGCGUAGGAUUCAAAGAGCGAUGAGCAAUGGGCCGUGAGGUUGUUAAAUAAAUAAAAAAGGAAGGAAACGGGGAAAGCUUAAAGAACGGAGGAAAACGAUGACUCGGGAGGGAAAAAAGAAGGACCAGUACAGAGAGAUACAAGAGAGAGUGUGUGUGGAAGAAUCAGUAUCUUCUUUGGGCUGAGAAGAAGACGGGCCGGGGGAGACUAGUCAAGGGACAAGUGAGUGACACGCGUGGAAGAUGACAGGUACGGUACCUGAUGGAAAGCGCCGCCUGGGAACAACACAGCGGGCGCGGGCACGCCAGGUACCUGUAAAACGGUGUAAUUGACUUGUUCCCUUUUGG